AUGCGAUCGUCUGGUGUCCUCGUGUGGGCGCGCAUCGCCGUCGCGCUCGCCUGCGAGGGCGGCGCGAGCGUCCUCGGCGCCGGGCUGGCGAGGUACGACGACGAAGACUACAGCGACAGCGCGCAGCUUUGCGAUCGUGCAGGUGCCCCGGAUCCGACGUCCACGUGGAAGAACGCGACCCUUUUCGGGCCCAUCACACAAGACUUUCCCUUUGCGCACGGGAGCGCGCCGGACGAUGACGCCCUCGACGGCUCGGAGGAAGCCCGCAUACGCUACGGAACGAAUCUCAAAUCGGAAGACGGCCUCUGGGAGGUCCGCCCCUCGCCCGGGAAGGGCCUCGGCGUCUUCGCCCUCCGCGGGAUCACCGCGGGCACCCGCAUCAUCGACGAGAGCCCGCUCUUCACGAUCGACCCGGGCCGUCUCGUCCGGGGCCAGGGCUUCGCUUUUGCCACCAUCGCCGCGGCCGUCGACGAGGCUUUCGCGGGCCUCGACGCCACGGCGCGCGCCGCGUUCUUCUCGUGUCCGGAGAACCGUGACCCGCACGACGAGGCCGAGGCCGAGUGGAGCCGCGAGGCGCUCAUCUUCCGCACCAACGGGUUCACCAUGGCCGGCGGCGCCGUGGGGAUCUUCCCGCGCAUCGCGAAGCUGAACCACUCGUGCCGGCCCAACGCCGGCUCCGUGUCCGUUGGAGGCGGCAGCGGCGGCAGCGGUAGUGGAGACGGAGGCGCGAGGAGGGUCAUCUACGCCGGGCGCGACAUUGCCGCGGGCGAGGAGGUGACAAUCACGUACGUGCCGCUCUUGCAGCCGACGGAGACGCGGAGGGCGCGGCUCGCGCAGUGGGGCUUCACUUGCGACUGCGCGGCGUGCACGGCGCGGGACGACGACGAGCAGAGGGCCGAGAUGAGGCGGCUGAUGGAUGUCAUCAAAGCGGAGCUCGGGCGGGACGACUUCGGCAUGGACGUGCUGCCGGACGCGGAGAGGCUGGCGCGGCUCGUCGAGGAGGUCGGGCUGGUGGACUACCUCAGCCAGGCGUACAAGUACGCGGCGUACGCGGCGUCGCGGUCCGGGAAGUUCGGGGCGGCGAGGAGGUGGGCGAGGAAGGAGCUAGCGAUACACGAGAUGGCGAACGCCGAGUCGCGGUACGCGAGGGAGACUCGGGCCUUUCUAGAGUCGCUUCCGUUAUUGUAA